UACGGGGAGAGAUCACGUUUGUUGAGACUUGUCGAUAAGGUUGAUAGUAGAACCGAUUACGUGAUGAUGGACCGUAGGAAGUUUUAUAAAAAAGUAAUAUCCGAAUUCUCUCAGGUACGGGCUAAACGUAAAUUAUCCUUCGAAGACGAAAUAGCAUCAAACCCUACACAGGAACAACAAUCGUCGGAAUUAACUUCAUUAUUGGAUAAUAAUCAACCCUUGACAAGCAUUGAAAAUAUGGGUGAUCAUGUUUCAUCUUCUAGAAUAUUUUAUAAAAAUCAUCAGUCAAUAAGUAAAUCAGAAAUACACAAAAACACCGAUGUCCCACAAAUAGAAUGUUUGCAAAACAAUAAUACCGAUGGCCAUAAUACUGAGACUCCACCAACCUUGGAAGGAAUAGUUGACACUGUUGCAGAGUUUCAACGGACUAUUGAUAGCAAUGUAAUUGAUAGCAAUGUAAUAACGAACACAAUGGAAAAUUUAGUCGCCAAAGAUGCUGCUUCUGAUCCUAUUAAUAUUAAGCAAAAUACAAAACGAUCCAAACGACCCAGACUUAACAAAAAUACAUAUUGUGAAUUUAUCUCCGAUAAUGAAGACCCGUUUUUUACUGAUGGUUCUAGUUCGUGGAGUGAUACAGGUAACACGUCUUCAGAUACAUCUACCCAUAAUAAGAGGCCUAAGAAAAAGAUAGUCAAAAAAACACAGAAGGUAAGUAAGGAGUUAGCCAGUAAAACAGAUGAUAUUGACAUAGUUGGCGAAAAAGGUAAAAGAACAAAACGAAUAAAUUAUAGAAAGAAUAGAAAGGAUCUUAAAAAUAGAGGUCAAGAGUAUACCCGAGCAGAUGGAAUAAUACGUUCUAAAAGAGAAAUUAAACCUAAUCCUUGUAUCGGGAAAAAAUGCGGCAAUGGCUGCCAGAAUGUAACCGAAGAACGAAGAUUAUCAUUGUUUCAUCAUUUUUGGAGUUUGAGUAGUGCUAGACAACGCGAUUGGAUUGUAAAUAUGAGCCGACGAAAUUCAAUCAAGAGAAAACGUUCAAAAGAUAGUGGGAAACGUUCUUUUUCGUACGAAUAUUACAUUAAUGAUAACGAAGAUAGACGAAGAGUCUGCCAGCAGUUUCUACUUAACACCCUAGAUAUUACACAAACUUAUGUACAUUAUACACUAACAAAUUCCAUUGAGGGAUCUGCAAAAGAUGAUCUAAGAGGUAAAAUUAUACCUGCUAAUAAAACUAAGGAAACUACACGACAAAGCGUUAUAAACUUCAUCAAGAAGUUGCCAGCACUGCCCUCUCACUACUGUCGAAAGGAUACUACUAAACUUUACUUACCAGUAGAAUUUAGGAACCAAAAAAAUUUGUACCGUAUUUACAAAGGCGAGAAAACCUCCGAGGGAAUAGACUAUGUCAGUGAAAAAAUUUUUUUAAACAUAUUUAAUACUGAAUUUAAUAUAGGCUUUCAUAUUCCUAAGAAAGAUAAAUGUCUCAAAUGUAUUAAAUUUGAUGCAGCAAACACUGAAGAGAGCAAAGCAGAAAAGGAAGACCACCUUAUGGAAAAGAAAGCUAGCAAGGAAAGGUACAGUUUUCAUCGUGAAAUGAGUCAGAAACGCACAGAUUUAAUUUGUACAUCUUUUGAUCUUCAAAAGGUAUUGAACACUCCCCAUGGCGAAAGCAUGUUACUCUAUUAUUCAAGGAAAUAUGCCGUAUACAACUUAUAUUUUUAUGAAAAUGGCAGCAGAGAAGGCUUUUGUUACAUCUGGGGAGAAACUGAAGGAAAACGAGGGAGCAAUGAAAUUGCUUCUAUUAUCCAGAAAUACAUAGAUCUAGUGGAUGCACGCAUCUCAGUGAAACACCUCAUACUGAAUUCCGAUUCAUGUCCCGGACAGAAUAAGAAUAGGAUCAUUUUGUCAGCCAUUCAUAAUGCGCUUAAAAACUGUGAAAAUAUUGUAAGCAUCCAAAUGAACUACUUGCUCCCGGGACAUACAGAGAUGUCUGUUGAUUCUAUGCACUCUGUUAUAGAAGGCGCUGUAAAAAAAUACUAUUGUAUGGGCCCCUUCGCAAUGGGCUACAGUUUGUCAGUUAGCUAG